ACCAGCAACAACAGCAACAUCAUCUUUUCUGCAUCGUCAACAUGAUUACUGUGAUUACCUACUGCAAAUAAUACGCACCAUCAGCGGGGAGUAUUUAAUUUCAUCCACAGCCCUAUCUAUAUGGAUCUUUAUCUUUUUUAUCCUUACCGCUGUUAUCUUUAACCGUUACCGCUCUUAUCCCUUGUCGCUGCAAAUUUAUACAUGUUGUUGAUUUCUCAUCAAGGAGCCGGAUCUCCUAACGCUGACCUCGAACUCUUACUCUCUCUCCUUUGAACCUUCUGCGCGUCUAAAAGCUUUGGCACUCUUCAGUCUUGCUCUCUGAUUUUCUUUCUCUAUCGUUCUAGCCUUUUUCCUCAGGCUAGAAUACCAUUUCAUAAUUUCACAUUUUCACCUUCUCUUACUGGGCUUUUCGUGUUUUCAUACUUAGAAUCUCAUCAUUGCCAUAUUCUCAAGAUGGCAAUGACCUUUUCUUCAGAGUUUACAUUGGCAGGAUCAACUGCAACUUCUAAAAAGACACGUGCUUGUAGGCAGAAGUCAAAGACAGGGUGUACCACUUGCAAGUGAGUAAAAGUGGUGAAUAAGACAUCAACUGGUCAACUUGAUCACUUGGGUGUCUUAUAGUAUGAAGUUUGUGGUUUCUUUCAUCAUACUAGAUUUCAUAUGUUGAAAGUUAACCACAUGGAAAUUUGUUAACACAUAUUCUACUUUUAGAAUACGGCGGGUCAAAUGUGAUGAGACCAAACCAUCAUGCAUGCGAUGCAAAAAUUUCGGAAGGAAAUGUGAUGGAUAUGAGUAUAACCCUAAGGUAUGCCUUGAUAUGGUCUUAAUUAUGACUUUGCUAAUACCCAUCAUAGGAUAAGCCGGCCUGGUUGAUGGGCCCAACUAUAUCUACUGGGAUAUCUCAAGAGGUUAUAGAAACUCCAUCGGUUGCAAUACCCCCUACCAUUUCCGUAAUAGACUUUGGAAAUGAGCAAGAGGCUCAGUAUUUUGAUUUUUUCUGUAAAGAAACGGUGUUUGAGCUUGCUGGAGGUUCAGAAAAGAAACUAUUCAACGUCAUCAUCCUUCAGGCUUGUCAUACCGACACGUCCGUCCGACAUGCUGUUACCGCAAUUGCUGCCCUGAGCAAAGCUAUGAAAGCCUCGAAAUAUCUCGAUCAGAGCGAAGGCGAAGCCGGGUUUCAGAGAAUUUGUGAGUCUUAAAUAUUAAUUGAUAAUCUGGUGCUAAUCAGGUCAUGCUACAGCCGAUCAAGUAGAAAUGCACCAUCGAUAUGCUCUAAAGCAGUACGGAAAAUCGCUUCGGUAUCUUCGUAAUCUCGUCCAGACAAGUCAAAAUUUCUUGCGCAUUCCUUUACUUGUUUCUCUUAUUAUUUUCUGCUUUGAAAAUUUUCGUAAGCUUUAUUUUUCUUAAAUAUAUCUCCUAGGAGGUAAUCACUGACUCUUCAAUCUUAUAGAUGGCAAUACUCAGUUGGCAGAUAAGCACAUUUACAGUGCACUGAAAAUGAUGCAUCAUCAUGAAGCAUUUUCAAGUCAUCCUUGUCACAAUCUCUUGUUAAGUUCUCCUGCGCCGGAUCUGGUAGAAAAUGAGAUUGUCACCGCGUAUCUCCACCUUGCCUUGGCGAUUGUGACAAGACCAGAUGAUCCGGAUUCAUUGAGCCGCAAAGUUCUUGACCUUAUCUCCGUCGAUAUACCACCGCCCAACAUUCCCCAGCAACUUUGCAAUCUUGAAGAGGCCGAAAUUCACUUAGAACAUGUGCUAUAUCACUCUCUCCCGAGUAUACCUAGAGCAGACCUUGAAAAACGCUUGGCAUCACCAGCUCUAUCCCCUAAAGGUUUGGCAACCAGCUUCUCAAAACUUCAAAGGCUUCAUCUGGAAGCAUCAUCUCCAAUUCUUACUGGUUUCGAAUUUCCUAUGUUCAGUUCCAUUUUUCAGGAUUGGCAGAGAGCAUUCCAGCCAAUCAUUUCUUAUGCACAAUCUCGUCUGGGCAAUGCACAUUAUGUUGCUGCAACCACUCUUCACAUCAAGGCUCUUGGCAUAGAGCUUAUGGGCCAAGGUGUCUUUCUUGACUACCGAAUUUCUGAUCACUUCCUUCCCAUCUUUCGUCAAAUCAUUUCUCUCAGUCAAAAGCUUGUUUCUGAUCCUCGGUUCUUGAAGACGUUUGUCUUUGAUGCGGGGAUCAUUCCUUCUCUUUUCGUUGUUAUAUACGCAUGUCCCGAUCAAAACAUAAGAAAAGACGCGGUAAUGAUCUUGAAGGAAGCAGCUCCUAGGCGUGAAGGUACUUGGGAUGCUCUGAAAAUUGCUACCAUUGGACAAAUGCUCCUGGAAUCCGAGGAAGUUGGACCCAUCAUUACGAAAUUGACCUUUUCACCAUUGGACGAUAUCAAUGUGAUGUUGCCGACAUCAUAUGAUGAGAUUGAAACACCAAUAAUUCAAUCUCCUAGACCAAGGCGAAGAUCUUUACUUGUUUCUCCGCCUUUAUGGCAACGUGGUCCAGAACGAGGUUUUGGCAUCGACAUUUCUUAAUAGAUUCUUCUAAGCAUACUUGAAAGUUCACAUCGAUCUGUUCAUACCCACCUUUUUAUCACUAUCUUCGUGAUCAUGACAACAACAUUCACUAGGACCUUGACUUGAACACUAUAGAUUAUGCAAGAAAUAUUUCGGCGAUUUAUCUGUCUGAUGGCCUUCAUGGAGUUCUCUUCUCGAUGUGCUAGUUUGACAGAUAGAUGUGGCUUAUCAGAAUGUACGCUCAUCCAACCAUCUUACAUCACAAUUCAUCUGUAUCUAACUAUCCACAGAUUUUUGAAUCCUCAUUUCGUUUCCCUUGAUACAAAAACCCAACAAGAAGCUAAUACGCAAUACGACCUCACUACCUUAUCAAUGCCGAUUCGUUGGGUUUCAAUUCAACUUCUGCAUUUAUAAAUCUAUUUAUAAAUUUACUUCAUUCAUUCAUUAUUCCUCCUUUUUUCCUUUCAAUUUAUCACGAUAAACGAUGACAUUUCCUCUUUGUUCUUGAGUCCUCAUGCUUACGAUUUUCAUUUCCUCACGACGAUAUUUCUUUGUAUUUUUAUACUAUUUGGUUCUCUUUUUUAGCAUAUUACAUGGCAUAGCUCCUGGAGGCAAGAAUGCAUUCGGGGCCGAUUUGGUGUUACCGGGUUUUGAGCAUGAGAUUGGGGGAUAAAAGUUGAAUUGCAUCGCUUUUUUAUCUUUCAUGGAAUCAUGGUACGGAAAUGUGGAUAGCGAUAUUAGGUAUGGAGUUGAGGAAGGAAGGCGGGGUUGUUAAUGGAUCUGGAGGUCUAGUUUUUGUAGAUUGUUGGAAUUUUGGUAGUCUUCUUUUAUUUUUCGAUGUGUUU